AUGUUCGGCAUCGCUCUUGCAUUGGGACUAUCGAUGGCCAUUUCCGCCAAGGCGCAAGGCGCUCUGGAUGGACAAUGCGUCAGUCUGCAGGGCAGUGUCCAGUGCCCAAGCUUCCAGGAUGCAUGUGAGUAAAGUUGGAUGGUUAGACUUGCUCAUCGCGACGUGGCUUCGGGCACUGUGACGACGACCAUCUCCUCUGACCGUGGCUACAUAUCGCUGACGCUGCCAUCGCUUGCUUUCCGCAGACAUCAAUCCUCAAAAUCUCUCGUCAGCUUGGCCUUGGUUCGCCAGCGUUACCAAUGUGACGACGUUCGACCAGCAGUUUGCAGCGUAUUUCACCGACCCCAACCGCUUCCUCGCUGAGAAGCUCGGGCGCCAACUUGCGUGCAACCGGACCGCAGCGCUGAACACCACACUGCAGUACGAGCGAACGAUACUCUGUGGUCAGUUUUCACAGAUCUCCUACAGCGCCCAGUGCAACGUCGCCAACCGCGCGGACCCCAUCAUGGUGUGCCAGGACACGUGCCUGACAUACUCUGCUGCACAGAGCGAGAUCGUUCAGAACCCGGCGAUUUGCACACCGGACGCAAACCUCACAACCGCACGCAAUACAACCAGGUACAACACGUUGCAGCGCGACUACGUCACAUGCACCGAUUGGACUUCGCUAGUGUCGACCAACAACCAAACCUGCGUGGAAGGCGACGCCAAUGAAGGCAAUUGCGGGUUUGGCCCGGGUAUUAGCAAUCAACUCUGCGCUGCUUGCGAUCCUAGUGGCAAUCGCACCGUUCCUGCGUGCUGCUAUGCCAACAACACCGCCCUGUCUGGAUGUGCGUCUUAUGGUCACCCAGGUGCCGCUGCGAUUCUCCCUACAACUUCCGUCGGCACCGCCAUGGCUUCUCCCACUGCAUCGUCCUCCUCGUCAGCACCAUCAUCUAAUCCUAGCGGUGCCGGUAGUGCUGGAACGGAUCAAGCAGGCAGCAGCAGUGAAGGCACGGGCCUGAGUCGCGGUGGCCUCGCUGGUCUCAUCGUCGGCGUUAUCAUCGGUGCUUUAGUCCUCGGCGGAUUAGCUGUCUUUGCCCUCCUGGGCCGCAAACGUCGCAACGAGUCCGGCGCUGCUGGUGUCUAUCCUGGUGCGGCCGGCGAGAAGCCUUGGCACUCGGAAGAUGGUUUGAGUCGCGACGCUGCGGGCAGUCCUUCAGCUGGCGACAAGAGCCCAGCGGGCCGACCAUCGCUUGGAGGAGCGGCCGCUGGCGCAGGAUUCGGUGCCGCUGGCGCUGCUGCUGCUGCUGGCGCAGCCGCAAGGAGCGAAAAUGAUGCAGCAGACCCCAACCGACCCAUCAGUGGUGUCACUACCAGUAGCGGUACCGAUGGUCGCGGUACCACGGUCGCUUCCGCAAGAGAUCAGUACACUGGCCAAGAAAUUUUCCCUGGAGAGGAUGUCAUCGCCGUCUACCCAUACAAUGCCUCUCUGAACGACGAGCUUACCCUCGAGCCCGAUCAGCGCAUCACCAUCGUCAGAUUGUAUGACGACGGCUGGGCACUGGGACGGGCUGCCGAUGGUCAAGAGGGCGCUCUGCCCCUCGUAUGUGUCAGCUCCACCAAGGGUGAGAUCCCACGCAUUGGUGGUGGAUCCUCCGGCACCGGCACUGGUACCGGCACAGAAACUGAGAACGAGUCUGGAAACGAGGCCUUCACGAGCGGCGCCAGCGUCGAUGGCGCGGUCACUGCCGACGAAGGCGGUUUCACUUCUGAUGCAAGCCGUGUCCAGGGCCGUCGAUAG